AUGGCUGUUGCCUCUUCUUCUUUUUCUUCUUCUUCUUCUUGUUCUUCUUCUUCUGCUGUGAGGCCCACCUCAAAGGGGCCUCAAGUGUUCAUCAACUUCUGGGGACCAAAUGUGAGCAACAGAUUCGUCGCCUUUCUCUUGCCUAUCUUGAAGGAUGCGAAUAUAAACGUCUUCGUAGACAAGGAUGAAGUGGUUGGUACAAACAUGGAUAACCUUUUGUUGAGGAUCGAAGAGUCGAGGGUCGCGGUAGUGAUCUUCUCUAAGGCUUACACAAGAUCAGAAUGGUGCUUGGAUGAGCUGGCCAUGAUUCGGGACUGCAAGGAUCGAGGCAGUCUCAGUGUGUUUCCCAUCUUCUACAAACUUGCACCUUCAGCGGUGCAAGAACUUAGAGGGAAAUUUGGUGACACUUUCAGGGCUCUGAAGCGGAGUUUUGUACAUGAGCCAGAAAGGACUUGCAAAUGGGAGGAGGCUUUAAAGUCUAUAUCUAAAAUAAAUGGCAUGUCCUUGGCAAAAAAGAGUGACAACAACGAAAGACAGUUCAUAGACUCAAUGGUUUUCGAGAUUCAGAGAUUGCUUUCGCAUAUCGCCGUGAGGAGAAACCCAAUAAUCCCAUCUAAUCUCCUUGGAGGAUUUUUGGUCCCUGCAAGAAGACUUGACAUUACUCACUCUGAUAAUCCUGAAAAAUGGAUGUGGAGUUCUAUCUACGACAGAACAUACAAAGCAGACAUUGAAAUUGUCACGAUGAUUAACACUCACACCAGAAAAUUGACACCGGGGACAAAGUACGAGGUAGUGUUUCUUGUGAGCCUAAAUGACAAAGCUUUGGGAUGGAAGAAACAGGUGGCUCUAAAUAUGAAGGUCAUGCACAAUGGAAUCGAGAAGGAGCACGAUAAGGCAUUAUACUUGGAUGAGUACACAGGAGAACAUUGGGUGGAUAUUCAUGUCGGAGAAUUUGAGGCAACACCGACAAAAGAGGACGCAAAGAUCUUUUUCUCGAUGCAUCAGUAUGUGGACACUAGGGGUGGGCACGGAUCGGAUAUCCGGGUUUUUUAAGGUAUUUGUGAUUUGCUUCGAAUGUUACGGAUAUCUAAUUUUGGUAUUUGCUUUGCUUCGAAAAAGUACGGAUAUCCGGAAAAACGGAUAUCCGGAAAAUAAAUAGAUAUUUGCGGAUAUUUACGAAUAUUUACGGAUAUCUCAUCCAUUUUGAUUAAUACAAAUAAUCUUAAGAUUUUGA